UCCAUCCUUCAUCUGACUCUGUGUGACUGACAGGUACAAUGGUCGGCGAGAGGAGACCAACAUGGUGAUCAUCAAUGUCAAGCUUCUCUCCGGCUUCGUCCUGGACAAAUCCUCCCUCGGGCCUUUGAAAAAUGACCCCACUGUCAAACGUGUUGACCUGGAGGAAGGACAUGUCAUCAUCUACCUAGAUGGGCUCAAGCAGAAGGAAACGAAGACGUACAGCCUGGCCAUAGAGGAGGAUGUGCCUGUGAGGAAUCUGAAACCAGCUGUGGUGAAAGUGUAUGACUACUACCAGACAAGUGAUGAAGCUGUGAGUGAAUACAGCUCCCCGUGUGCAGAGAGUGACGAAGUCAAUGAAGUGUGACAGACACUGGACCUGGACCCGACCAAGUGCUUUCAUGUGUAGGAAGUCAUGUGUUUUUUUUAGGCAGAGCUCAUAGAACCUCUCCAUUUAUUUGGUUUGAUGCUUGUAGUUCCUGGUAACACAUUGACUAACUCGUGAUCUGUUUUUAAUAUUGUAAGUGAACAAAAACAUUUUAAUACAUGGUCAUAGAUGGGCCGUAGGAUUUGA